CGGGCCGGGCCGGGGGGAUGGAGGCGGGCAGCGGGCGGGAGGCGCGGGCCCGGCCGGGCUCUGAGGGGCUCUGAGGGGCGCAGGGCCGGGGGCUGAGGGCUGGGCUGGCCCGAGGGGACGCGCAGGGCCCUCGCACCGCCCGGAGCUCGCCUGAGGGCCAGAGGGAGAAAGUUCCUGGAGAAUUUGGGUUAUUGCAGAAAAGCAGCAGCGAUAAUUCGGGGAAAACUUGAAGCUUUUGACAUUCCCGCAUCUAGAGAUUAAAGCUCUUCCUCUGAAAAUAAGGAGCGACCACUGACAGCAGCAGCGCAGCGGAUUGUCUCUCCUCCAUCUAAUAGGUUAUGCAGUAAUGAUGGAGGCUUCGGAUGAGGAAGACUUCGGUGUAGCCAUCUCCUCCCCUUCUGAUGCGGAGUUUGAUGCAGUUGUUGGGAAUCUGGAGGAUAUUAUAAUGGAUGAUGAUUUCCAGUUAAUACAGAGGACUUUUAUGGAGAAGCACUACCAGGAGUUUGAUGACUCAGAAGAAAACAAGCUCAUCUAUACUUCUAUUUUUAAUGAAUAUAUCUCAUUAAUAGAGAAAUACAUUGAAGAAAAACUACUUGAUCGGAUUCCUGGUUUUAAUAUGACAGCUUUCACAAUGUCAUUGCAACAGCACAAAGACGAAAUGGCAGGUGAUAUAUUUGACAUGCUUCUCACAUUUACUGACUUCCUGGCUUUCAAAGAAAUGUUCUUGGAUUACAGAGCUGAAAAAGAAGGUCGAAGUCUGGAUUUAAGCAGCGGAUUAGUGGUGACAUCAUUAAACAAAUCAUCAAUAUCCUCCUCCUAGAACAGUUCAUGCACUACUUUCCUUUUCCAGAUGAGUGCUGCUGCCUUCAUUUGGACAUUAAAACACUAAAGGUCACAAGAAUCAAGGUGCUGUUACACGAUGAAAACUCUUUCAUCCUCCAGUCUCUGCUGUCACAUACCUGAUCCUAGAAACACGUUGGUAUUCAAUAACCACAGAAGAAAAUUUCAACCUUACCCCUGUAAUUAUUUUUAAUAAGCACAUAGUAUUUGUGUGCCGUUCUAAUUGUUGCACACAGUGAGAAGCUCAGCACACUGAGGACAAUAGAUAGGGCUGUACGUGUGUUUUAUGGGUUGACAUCUUAAUCAUCUUCCCAGAAGGCAGAACUUCUCAGAACCAAGAAGGCAGUGUGUCUGUCCAGCUCUUGAAAGGACAAAUGCAAAUACGUAAUGCUGAGUUUCUCCUUGUCAAUGCCUUUUUUUUUUAAACUUUAUAUGAUCUUGCGUGCUACAGCUUUCUAGCAGAGGAAUAUGUUUUAGUAUGUAGAUGUUCCAGCAUGAGACAGCCUCUCUGCUCUGUGAGAAUUGAUGUGCUAGUGUGCAAAUCUGUGCUCUUUGGCUAAAGUCUCAUCCUUAAUUUUUGAAGUUCUCUGGUUCACUUUUGUUCAGGCCCCAGCUGUUCUACACUGAAAAAAUAACCAUGAAAAAUCCAAAUCUGGCCUAUGUCUGUAGUUUCUUACCUUCUGUUUGGCAGUGGCAGAGCUGUGUUCGUUCUAGUACUGUAAGCAUGAUGGUAGAUUGGGCACAGCCAUGUUUACCAUCAUGUCAUUUACAGCGUUUGAUGCAAAUGCAUGCGUUUGCUCUUGAACUGUUGGCAACAUUAACAAAGCAACACAUUUUUCAACAUGAGUUGAAAAAUAGAUGAGUUGUUUGCUAGUGGAGCUGUAGCCUUAAGCCUGUCACAAAAUCCCAGCUGCAUCUCCGAUGGCGCUUGGAAUUAAAAUGUAUUUGGAGCUACAAUGAGCUGCUGUUCUUACGCUGUUCAGACACAUUAAGCAGCAGAUUAAUGACAUGCUCAGGCAAAGCAAGUCCAUCUUUAAAAGCAUGAGAGUAGAUAGAAACAUGGAGUGCAUGACCGAUGCCACAGGGGAGAUGCACUGCCGCAGUGGUGAAGGUGCUGGUUGGCAGCUGUUGCCUGAUGAGAACCUAGAUGGAGCUAAACUAUGGCCGGGCCAUUACCAGUUCUUGUUUGUGGACAGGAUGUCUACCAGAACAAAUGAGAUGAAAUCCUGUUGACCUCUGCCAGACAUUUCAAUGGUACUAAAACUAAAAAUGCAACUAAAACUAAACAUGUUCCUGACAUGUUUUACGGGAGAUAUUUUUUCUUCUUUUUCUGUUACAAUUGCUCUAGAUGAUUAUGUAAAAUAACAGCAGUCUGAAUGAGUACCUCAGACAGUUCCUUAUUGGAGGGAGUUUGUUGUAUUUUAAGCAAGUUCUCUUGUAAUUGUCAUGGUUGAAUUCAUAUAUUGACGGGAACUUGUCUCAGUGUUAACUGUAUACCAAAGUCACUAUUCACCAUUUCACAAAAGUGUGGUGCUUCAUUUCUUGCUCCUGAUAAAUCUGUACUAUUCUGCUUUCUUAACUCACCAAUUCACAAUUUAGCAUUUUCAGAUUAAUUUAUUUUGUGAAGUAACAUAAGUAGCAUGUUAAAAUAGCUUUACCAGCUUAGUUGUGAGGUGGGGGUGUAGUUAAACUUUCUGUAUUAUGAAGGUUUUUCACAACCAAAUAUUCAUGCUGUUUGUAGGUAUUCGGGUCUAUCGAUAACAACUCAUAAUGAAAUUUUUUGUUGUUGCUCCUUUUUCAAUUUUAGACCACAGUCUUCACCACAAAAGUUUGCAACAAAACUCCCCCAGUUUGAGUGGAGCCAUUCAGACCAAAUCCUUUCUGCUUCUAUACUGCUCUUCUACAUGUGAAGAAUAUACUCUGUAUUUCUCAUCUCUCUGUGACGCUUCCAUGACUGGUCUCUGCCUCGAUGUGUUUUCCAUCAGGCAGAGGGUCUUUUUUAAGAGAUUAAAUUUCUAUAUAUGAUGGAC